AUGGACUCUUCAUCUACAAUGAGCAGCUUCAUGUCCUCACGAUCAAACAACCUGAUCAACAGCUUCACUGGCACAACCAGCAGGAACUUCUCUCGCAAAAGGAAAGGAAGCUCCACUGUAUACCCGUAUCCAUCUUAUUUUUACAGGGACUGUGGUGACCAGCAAGGCUGCAAUAAGAAUGCCAGGAGGACUCACAGUCAGACAGAGAAGAGACGGAGGGAUAAGAUGAACCGCUUCAUAGACGAGCUGGCAUCACUAGUGCCUACAUGCAACACUAAAUCACGCAAACUGGACAAACUCUCAGUCCUGCGUAUGGCAGUCCAACACAUGAAGACAUUACGAGGUUCUGGUGGGAACUGUUACACAGAAGUUAAUCACAAACCUGCGUUCUUAUCAGAUGAGGAGCUGCAACUCUUACUACGAAGGGCAGCUGAUGGCUUUCUGUUUGCUAUUGACUGUGAUCGAGGGAAAAUAUUGUUUGUUUCUGAUUCAGUAUACAAGAUCCUAAAUUAUAGCCAGAAUGACCUGAUUGGUCAGAGCCUGUUUGAGUAUCUGCACCCUAAAGACAUUGCCAAAGUAAAGGAGCAGCUGUCCUCAGUGGUUACCAUACCACAAGAGAAAAUCAUCCAUGCAAAAAGUGGUCCUUUCCUGAAGACAGAUAUCAACCCAAGUUCUUUAAGACUUUGUUCUGGGGUGAGACGCUCAUUUUUCUGCAGGAUGAAGUGCAAUGGAAAUAUAGAAAAUGAAGAUUUUCCAUCAAGCUGCUCAAAAAAUAACGCAGAUCAUAAUGGCUUCUGCACCAUUCACAGCACUGGUUACUUAAAAGGCUGGUCCCCCACUGAGGUGGAUCUGGAUGAAAAUAAUGAGCCGGAUAAUGAUGUAUUAUGUAAUUUAAGCUGCCUGGUGGCUGUUGGUCGGUUACAUCCCCACACUGUUUCUCAGCCAGUGCAGAAUCAUGUCAAGGUCAAGCCCAUGGAGUUUGUUUCACGUCAUGCUAUCGACGGGAAGUUUCUCUUUGUAGAUCAAAGGGCCACUGCCAUUUUGUCUUAUUUACCUCAUGAGCUGCUGGGAACUUCAUUUUACGAAUACAUUCAUGAAGAUGAUAUUGCUCAUUUAGCAGAAUCUCACAGGCAAGUGCUGCAGAUGAGAGAGAAGAUCAAUACAAACUGCUACAAGUUAAAAAUAAAAGAUGGCUCAUUCAUCACACUAACAAGCCACUGGUUCAGUUUUAUGAACCCUUGGACCAAAGAGGUGGAGUACAUUGUCGCUACCAAUACUGUAGUCAUUCCUUCAGGUACAAGACCUGAGAGAACCCAUCAUCAGCCUGCUGCCCCCAAAAACACAAUGGCCACUGUACUGAUGUCAGGUGACGGUGAAGGGAGGCCGGUUCUCCAAACAGGGCCUGGAAUUCAUGGUAGCACGAGGGCGGGCGCCAGGAAGAUUGGGCGAAUGAUUGCAAAGGAACUGUUGGAGAUGCAGAGGAUGGACAUGCGUACUGUAUACCCAGAGGCCCAGAAGGUGUUCGAGGAGGCCGCUUCACCUGUGGUGUCUGUGCCUCUGGAGGUGGCAACAUCAAGUGAGGCUGAAGAAGAUGUUUUUGAAGGACUGGAGACUGCACAAGAGGUUUAUGCUGAGUACUCUGGGCUUUAG